UUUCACUCUUCUCCUCUAUUGCGCUAUUCAAACGAAAAACUCUCAAAUUCUCAAACCAGACUUCUCUCUCAAGGAAGUUACAGAACGCUGCCAUGGACAAUAUUAAUAAUUGGGUGGAGCGCAGUGUUAGAGAAUGGAUGAGUACCUUCAAUGAAGAAAUUGCCACAGCUAAUUGUAGAAGAUUGAUUGAGGACAUCAUGACAUUUAUCCGUAACCGUAUAGGCCCUGUGGUUAACAAUCUAGAGGGACAAGUUGAUAGACUUAAUCGGGAAAUUAGAAAUCUCAGGCGAGAAGUUCAUGGACUUAAUCAGCAAAACGGAUCUCUCAAUUCGGAGUUGGAACAACUGAGGCAACAGGUGUCCGAGUGCCAGAAUCGGCAGAGAACAUUAGAGGACGAAAAAUAUGCGUUGACAAUGCAACUACUACAGUUUCCGCAAACAAUUAAUAUGUUAGUAUGUUAGUGCUUUCAACUGUUGUGAAAAAGGUAGGCAUUACAAAUGGUCUGCUGUCCCAACAAUCGCUUUGCUGGAGUUUCCUCUAAUAUUCAAAUGGUAGACAGUGAUUAAAGACGCAUUUCGUUUCAUUUGAAUGCACCAUUAAAGAUUUCUUUUCUGUUUGUGUCCUCGAUUUCAAUAUUGAACCUUUUUUUGAUAAGUAAUUUCAAUAUUGAAAUUGAUGCACAUCAUAGAU